UCAAACCGAGUCUCCCUCCCUUUCAAUUUCUCGAUGGUCUCACGAAUGAAGAAUUUCUCAUCAUUUCUUCUUAUAGCGAGUCUUCCAACCUCUGACAACACAGCACUCCCUUGCCCCACAAUCUAGGCUACUCUCCUCUCUCUCUCUCUCAAAGCUGUCAUCCAUCCACGUGAUCCCUCCCUUUCCUUCUCCGUUCUCUCUCAGACUCAGUCCUCUCUAUCCCAUUUCCAAAAUCCCCCACCCCUCUCCGAAAUUCGUCUGAAACCACGCGCCAUUGCCCCCAUUCUUCUUCAUCUGUCAAUUGUUAUUCCAUCCUCUUGAUGCUUGAGCUUCUUCACUGCUGUUGUGUGCCUAUUGUGUUGAGCUGUUCCCUGCUUCCAACGCUUCUCGCCCAUUCCCUCUCCCUGAUCUCCGUUUUGCCUUCUUCCGGAGGCAAUAUAUAUGCCCAUAGAAUUUCUAGCUUUGAUUUAUUUGGGUGACGACUUGAUUCUCUUGGCUUAGUGGAGGUGGUUGUUUUAGUUCCUUUCGAGUUUUGUUAUCUCGGAAAUGUAAGAAACUUGGCCUGGAUUGUAAUCAUUUUUUUCUUCCCUGCCUUUGACAAUGUGCAGACAAUGGGUAUCAUUUCCCGGAAGAUAAUCCCCUCUUGUGGGACGAUGUGCGUGUGUUGCCCUGCUUUGAGGUCCAGAUCUCGGCAACCUGUGAAAAGAUACAAGAAACUCCUUGCUGAAAUCUUCCCAAAGUCUCCAGAUGCACCCCCAAAUGAGAGAAAAAUUGCGAAGUUGUGUGAAUAUGCGGCUAAAAAUCCAAUUCGAAUUCCCAAGAUUGCCAAGUAUCUCGAAGAAAGAUGCUGCAAAGAACUGCGGAAUGGCCAUGCAAAAUUCAUCAAUGUCGUUAUGGAGGUUUACAAUAAGUUGCUUUGCAUUUGUAAGGAGCAGAUGGCAUAUUUCGCGGUCAGUUUGUUGAAUGUUGUCAAUGAGCUGCUAGAGAGACCUAAUCAAUAUGCUUUGCCGAUUCUUGGAUGCCAGACCUUAACCAAGUUUAUCUAUAGUCAGGUUGAUGGAACUUAUGCACAUAACAUUGAAAAGUAUGCUCCCAGGAUUUGUAAACUGGCACAUAGGCAUGGGGAAGAAGGUAGUCCUAGCAGCUUAAGGGCAUCAAGUCUCCAAUGCCUCUCGGCCAUGGUCUGGUUCAUGUCGGAGUUCUCAUAUAUCUUCCCUGCUUUGGAUGAGAUUGUGCAUUGCACUUUGGAUAACUACGAGCCUGACUCUCGUAUUGAAAAUGAUGGCGAGAGAGGUGAAUCACAUCAUAAUUGGGUGAAUGAAGUUGUUAGAAGUGAAAGAAGUGCAAUUGUUGGUAAUGAUUCUAGCUCCACCUCGAUCAUCAGAGCUCGACCAGAAAAGAAAGAUCCUUCUCUUCUGACUAGGGAAGAGAUUGAGCAACCAAGAGUAUGGGCACAAAUUUGUGUUCAAAGAAUGGUAGAUCUAGCAAAAGAGAGCUCAACAAUGCGAUGUGUCUUGGAUCCAAUGUUUGUCUACUUUGAUUCUGGACAUCACUGGGCCCCACAGCAGGGGCUUGCUCUGGUAGUUUUGUCUGCCACAUCAUAUUUUCUGGAGAGUUCAGGACAUCAGAAGUCGGUGUUAUCUGCUGUAAUUCGCCAUUUAGACCACAAAAAUGUCGCCCAUGAUCCGCAGCUCAAAUCUAAUGUUGUACAAGUUGCGGCUGGUCUAGCUCGGCAGAUUAGAUCAGUUACAGUUCUUGCUGAAGUUGGAUUUGUCAGCGACUUGUGUAGACAUUUGAGGAAGAGCCUUCAAGCCUCAGCUGAACCAAUCGGAGAUCAGGAAUUGAAUCUGAAUGCUUCACUCCAGAACUCCAUCGAAGAUUGCUUGCUUGAAAUUGCGAAGGGGAUUGCUGAUGCCCAACCGCUACUUGACCACAUGGCAAUGUCGCUAGAGAAACUACCGUCCUGUGGAAUUGUUGCUCGUGCAACCAUUCGAUCACUAAUGAUUCUUGCUCAUGUGGUUUCAUUGUCUUCAGCGUCUUCAAGCUCCCAGCAGGCUUUCCCAGAAUCACUUCUUGUUCAGCUUUUGAAAGCAAUGUUGCAUGCAAAUAUUGAAGUGCGGGUUGAAGCACAUCAGAUAUUCACAGUUCUUCUCAUUCCGAAUUCAAUCUGUCUUGGACGAGAAGCAUCUGCACGACCUAGUUACAUUUGUGAACCAAGAAGAUGGCGUUCUGGUACAGCAUCUACAUUUGCUUCGAUUUCUGCACUACUUGAAAGGCUACGGAAAGAGAAGGAUGGUCCUGAAGUAAAUGGAGUGCAUGAUGACUGCAAAGAACAGGACACCUCGGAAGAAGAGUGGAAGUAUGGACGGGCUAGAAAGAAUUCACCAAACGUUUACAAGAUUAGCUCAAUCUUCGAGAGGACUACAGGGACACCGGGGUCGGCUGAGGCUGCUGAACCAUGUGUUUUGACGCUAAAUGAGGAUCAGAUUUCACAGUUGCUUUCUGCCUUCUGGAUGCAAUCCAGCCUUCCUGACAACACGCCUCCAAAUCUUGAGGCCAUAGCUCAUUCUUUCACAUUGACCCUUAUUUCUUCUCAACUGAAGAAUACAAAUGGAAAUGUCGUGGUUCGAUUCGUUCAGCUUGCUCUCUCUCUCAGAAAGUUGUCAUUGGACUCUAACAAUGGAAUGUUGCAUCCAGCAUGCAGAAGAUCAGUUUUCAUCUUAGCAAUGAGCAUGCUAAUGUUCACCGCGAAGACAUACCAAGUUCCUGAGUUGAACGACUUGCUCAAGCGAUUGAUCCCUGAUGAUGUUGAUCCUUAUUUGGGAAUUAGCAACGAUUUUCAGAUAUAUGUGAAGCCCCAGGCAGACUUGAAAGAAUUCGGGUCCUUCAAAGAUAAUUCAUUGGCUAUGUCAGUGCUAGAUGAGUUGCAGAGCAGAAUAUCGGAAUCCGAGAGUGCUAUGAUGAACAUCUUAGUUCUGAACCUAUCCAUCACCACUGAGAUGGAACCGGAUGAAGUCGCCAGGCAAUUGUCAGAACCAUUUGCUCCUGAUGACAUGUUAAUGUUUGGUCCACGAUCAGUACUUGACCACCACCGUGCGGCUUCUCAUUCCAAGGAAUCACUCUCAUUCGACGAGGAUGUUCCGAGCAAUUUGAUCGAUGAUGAUGCCACAAGCGAAGCAUCAGUCUCGGACCUGUCCCGGUUCAUCCCCAAAAUCCCUUCGUCGCCUUCUGUCUCGCACAUUAUUAGCAUCGGGAAGCUACUAGAAUCAGCCCUCGAGGUAGCUGGACAAGUAGCUGGAACAUCUGUCUCCACAUCACCCCUCUCCUAUGACUCGAUGACCAGACAGUGCGAAACUCUCGGGACAGUUAAUAGAAAGAAGCUCUCGACUUGGUUGGCCCACGAGAAUCAGCAAGCUAUUAAGCCAGCCGCUGACAAGUACCGCUUACCAUCAGUUACAGUGAGUGGGGCUGCAGUACCAUGGCAGACUUCAUGUAAGAGUGAGGUUGAUGGAGAAGAGCUGAAGCAGAAGACUUCAACGGAGCAGUAUUUGCCAAUGAAGCUGCCACCUGCUAGUCCUUAUGAUAACUUCCUCAAGGCAGCUGGAUGUUAGUAGCAAGAGAAUUGCGUGUAAGCAGUACGUAAGUGCCUUAGUUUUAGGGGAAGUAGAUCUUUUUGAUGUAGACCAGGUUAUGUGUUUGUAGCAACGUAGGAUCCAGUAAUGGGUUUAAUCAACCCUUUCAAACUCAUGUUUGUCUAAUGUCUAUGUAAGGUAACACUAAUGGUCUCUGCCUCGUACGAACCUCGAAUACUUUACCAAAUUCUAUCGUCAUUUCUCAAGCGAUUUAUUUUGAGGUAAAGAUAGUAGGGUGUCUUGUUAUAACCAUUGAGUUGACAUGGUUUGAGGUGGAUGGAGCUACACAUACUACGAAUGAAUGUCUUCUGGAUUACCAUUACCAAGACAUGCAUGCACUGCAGACAGUAAUGGCUUGUCUCCUGAGUGGUUACAUAAGGUGUAUAAAUGACUGGUCAAUGGUCAUCAUGUAAGCCGCAUUCUCAUAAGUGAGAACUAGACUUCUAAUGUUAUGAUUAAUAAAAAUCGAGAC